AUGCAGGACAUUCGACUCAGCGCCAUGUUGAUGGCCUGCCUGACGCUCUUUCCAUCCUCCGCGACUGCUUUCUGGCGUCUUCCUUGCCGUGGAAGAGCCGGUGCAGCCCGUCUUGACCCUAUUGUCGACCCCGGCAAGGUCUCCGGCCACACCCACGUCGUUCACGGAUCCGGAAUCACACAGGACAAAUCGGCCUACUGGACCCCUGCCCUCUACUUCAUGCACACCAACGGCAGUGCCGAGAUGGUCGAGGAGGUGGGAGGCAUGCUUGCCUACUACCUUCUCUACGGAGAGAACGUGAAGGCCUUCCCUAAAGACUUCCGGAUGCUGGCAGGUGAUCCUUUCCAGCGCAACUUCACCUGGCCGGUCCCCGACCCUCCCAAGUCCUCAUGGACUGGUGACCAGGCCUCGCAGGCUGCUUUGCGCCAAAAGGCAAUCGGUUUCAACUGCUUGAACUACCAGACCACCGCCGAGGCCUCUCUCUACCGCCACCACUUGCCCGAGAAAUCCUACCUUGAUAAGCAUUGCACCGACGGUAUUCGAAUUGAACUGAUGUUCCCGUCUUGCUGGAACGGAAAGGACACUGACUCAGAUGAUCACGCCUCCCACGUUUUGUAUCCAUCUUUGGUCAUGGACGGUACUUGCCCCAAGGGCUACGAGACUCGUUUGGUGUCGCUCUUCUACGAAACUAUUUGGAACACCUACGCUUUCAAGGAUGUCGAUGGAUACUUCGCGCUUGCCAACGGUGACCCCACCGGAUUCGGAUAUCACGGUGAUUUCAUGCAGGCCUGGGAUGAUGGCGUGUUGCAGGAGGCUGUUGACAGCUGCACAAGUGAAACCGGUCUGAUCGACGACUGCCAGAUCUUCGACAUCCAGACCCAGGAGAAGCAGCAACAAUGUCAAUUCGAGAUGCCAUCGGCUUUGGAGGACGAGGAUGUCUUCAUGUACCCUGACGGAUUGCCCGGCGGCAUGGCUAUCCAGUGGGGCCCUGAAUACGCCUCGAUGGACAUGGGCUCCGGCAACUCUGGACACUCCGGCCACCACCAGUCAUCAACCACCACUGCAUCUGGUCUCAUUCCGACCCUCUCGAUCCCCGCAAUCCCAACCUUGUCUCUUGGUGCCGGUAUCUCCAUUGACCCCAACAGCCUGGUCGACAAUCUCCAUGCUAAUAACACUGCCGCCGAGACCACCGCUGCUCCUACGACUACGUCCACUUCUACCCCUUCGCCAACCCCAACCCCGACCACCUCCAUCAUGGUUGACCCCGUCACUGAGGAGAUUGUCUACAUCCAGCGUGAAAUCGUCGUGCUCGUCGAUGGACAAGGAAACCCGCUAUCGACCAGCACCGGCGACAUUCGCACCGUCUCCUCGGCCACCACCACCGUGACCGAAACCUCCACAGCCGUCUCCUACGUCAAGAAGGACACCAUUCCCGAGGCCGUUGAAGCGGAAAAGCCCUCUCGCCAUGCGCGCAGACACCUCCACCACCGCCACCCUCAUCAUAUCUAA